AUGACCAAGAAAUGUGGGAUCAAAUGGACCGAGGUCAGCAAAGAGGCGUUCGAGAAACUCAGGUGCGCGAUGACCACGAUGCCCGUACUAGCAAUGCCCAAAUUCGACGUACUGUUCGAAGUUCAUACCGACACAAGCAACAUUGGAAUAAGGGAAGUUCUAAUUAUGGAAGGACGGCCAUUUGCUUACAUUAGCAAGGCGCUCGGGAGCAUGAUUGUUACCCCGAAGCAGCAGAAGUUCGUCUCGAAGCUAAUGAGGUUCGACUUCGAGAUAGUCUAUUGGCCGGGGAGACAAAACGCAGUUGUCGAUGCGCUCUCGCGCCGAACGGAUGUGGCUGAGUUGGAGGCAAAUUCGGGGUCAACUUGGGCCCUAUGGGAUGAUUUGAGAGAUGCUCAAAACCGAGACACAUUCUGCCAGGACGUACGUCGAAAGAUGGAGGCCAAGGAUGCAGCGGCCGCCGAAUACGACAACCACGACGGACUACUAUUAUAUCGAGGAAAAGUGUACGUGCUGAACGAAAGCAAGGUGAAGUACGAGAUUACGUGGCGCAACAUCACGAUGGAUUUCAUAGAAGGGCUGCCAAUGUCUAACAAGUUUAAUGGAGUAAUGGUCAUGGUAGAUCGAUUGACGCAGUACGCCCACUUUGUCCCGUUGACGCACCCAUACACGAAAUGGGAGGAUUUUCUACCUUGGGCCGAGUAUUGGUACAACACGGUAUAUCAUAGCUCGACCAAGUCCACGCUAUUCGAGUUGUUGUACGGGUGUAAGCCGCCUACGCUCAUGAGCAAUUCGAUGGGGAUUUUAGUGAACGAUGAGGACGACGCGUGCGGGAAUGACACGCACAGGCAGACCGCGAACGAGGCGGGGGCGUGCGGGCAUGCAAGCACGUGUGAAGACACGUGCGAGAAUGGUCGGCGAUUGGAGCCACGCGAGAAUGUCGCGCGUAUAGAAGACGCGCGCACGCGGAUUGAACACGGCGGCUAG